CGUUCGCUCUGACAGUAGCUCGGUUUUGCGACGGUGCCACAUCGUGCAGCAAGUGCGUUUAAGUUACACACGAUCUGGCCGCGUUAAUUAGAUCGCCAAUAGAGGAGAGGGUGGUGAUUUGUUAUACGCAUCGCGAUGACUCGGGACUCGUGACCGGGGAUGGUUUAAAGGCGUCGAAACGUCGCGAGCGCCGAAACGUCGUAAUUGGUAGCGAUGACGGGACGCGACUAGGAACGAAGAUGACACGUAAAAUUUUGUGUUUGUUGGUUUUUUGUGCGUUCCUGGUCUGUGCCGGCAGCAGCCCGUCGCCCAUCAAGAGAACCGAAUCUAAAAAGGACCACUGCAACAAGACGGUCGACAUUUAUGAGGACGUGGCUAGUCCCGAAGUGACUGCCGAAAAUUUCGGCAAGCCUAUGACUUGCUCGUACCGUUUCCGGUCGUUCCGGGGUACGCCGAAGGAUUGGAUUUUACGGAUUAAGUUCAACAAGUUUAAAGUCGGCAACCUAUUAAACGGCAGCCAUUGCGAGGGAGGGUACAUGCAGAUCGUCGACGGCAACGCGAAAACCGACGUAUCGAAUCGCAAAGAGCCGGGCAUGUUCUGCGGCGAGAGCGAGCAGCCGCAGACUUUCAUGUCGGAGACGUCUUUCGUCAAGGUAUUGUUCCACGUGGAAAACUUCACCGAUCAGACGUAUUUCAGCUUCGACACGAGGGCCGAACAACAGCUUGUCGUCUAUCUGAGAUAUGGCCAGCAUCCCGAGCUGUACCCCAACAGACGCGGCGAAGUAGUCCAGGGGUCUUAUUGCGAGAGAAAAUUUAAAGACUGCCGCCUGCAGACUUGCUACGUACAGUCGCCGGCGUAUCCGGGCGUGUACCCUAGGAAUUUGCAUUGCAGAUACUCGCUCAACACCAGGUUGCCUUUCAUCAAGCUUUACAUUGAGAACGAGGAGUUUAAUAUCGACGGGCAGCGGUGCGAGAACAUCAUGACGUGCCCUAUGAGACCGAUAUCUUCAGGCCAGGAAAAUUGCCCCUACGACUACAUAAAAAUAUACGACGGCAAAGACGAGACCAGCCCCGUCAUCGGGACGUUCUGCGGAAUGGGCAAGUUUCCUUACUCCAUUAUAGGAACAUCCCAGGACCUCUUUGUCGAGUUCGUGUCGUCGCCUGCAGGGCCCUUGCUAAAUACCGGUUUCCAUUUCAACGUGGGAAACUGGCCGGGACACGUCGACACGGCCGGAAGUAGAAACGGCACCUGCGACUGGCUGCUGUCCUCGCAAAGCCUGCGAGCGUCCGGGGAUUCCGAGGGCAUAUUCCUAUCGGUGGCCCAUUGGUAUCCACCCCACACUAGCUGCACAUACCUCAUGCAGGGCGAGGAAGGCGAGAUCGUGCGGUUGUAUUUUCCUAGUUUCAGAAUCAACCGCAUAGAGUCACCGAUCCAGCCUAUAGACGGCGAUUGCGGAGAGUCCCUCACCCUAUACGACGCCUCUUGGCCCGACGACUCCAAAAUAAUCAAAACGUUUUGCGACACCUUCUCCAAGGCGAUGGAAAAAUACGAUUUUGUUUCUACUGGCAGUUCGCUGUUCGUGAGAUUCGAGAGCAAAACCGGGAGUUAUAGCGGCUCGUCGCUGUACUAUUGGGCGCAUUACGACUUCUUCAACAACACGAAACUGGGCGAACCGGUGCCGGGAAAACAAUGCGACGAAGUGUUCGCCUCGUGGCGACAAACAAAGGGUUGGCUGAGGUCGCCCCUAAACACCCUGGUUUAUAAGCAAACUCAACCGAGCGAAGAUGUGACUUGCCUCUAUAGAUUCGUCACGGAUAAAAGGCUGUUCGCCAGAGUGAUCCUGACGAUAACGUGUGUUAAUUUUAAGGACCACCCCUACAACUCGGGACCGUGCACCAACUGCCUCGAAGACCGCGUUGACAAGUUGGUGAUUUGGGAACCUCUGGCGCCCGGUACCAACUCGUCCCAUCCCCCGGUGUCGCUGAACAAAGCGGCCCAGAGCGGCGACGUCACCUGUAUAUGUCACCGGCAGUCGUUCUCGACGCAGGUGAUCUCUCGCGGCGAACAACUGAAUCUGCAACUGAUCGUAGACAGCGCUCACAGCGCCCUCAGUUACUUCAAGUACUCGAACCCGUUGUUCGAGGCCACGUACGAGUUUGUUCACGGGCCGUUGUGCGGUCCGCCCCUAAUAUAUCCAACCACCGACGGCGAAAUACAUUAUCCCUACUACGAAGCCAUAGGAUACGUUGAACCGCCGAAGUCGAUCAGGUGUAUUUGGGAGAUCAAAGUGACCCGCGAACGCGACCUUUGGCUGCACUUUGACCGCAUCAAGUUUAGUUCGAAUUCUUGCGACGACGGUAUCGUCGACAUCUUCCUCAAGGGUAGACUAGAUCCGUACCUGUCGCUUUGCGGUGAAAACGUAUCUCUAGCGAAGGAAUUGCCGAUAUUGUCGUCCGCUGAGCUCAGCCCGGACGGCACCGACCCUUCCAUUACCAUUCAAUUCAUUGCAAUCGCCAAAGAAGGAACAAAUUCGAACAACGCAACGUCCAAUGAUUCUUUAUCGGGGCGCUCGUCGCCGACGCGUGCUGCUUUUAAGAUCGCGUGGACCGAACUGUUCCACUUACCUCGCAACGUAGACGGCACCCUCAUGUCUUCGAGACUAACGGAAGGCGGUAAUCCAGACGAACCAGUCGAAGGGUGCGAGUUCACCUGCCCGGGAGAGCAGGGACUGUGCAUACCAGGUCGUCUGGUAUGCAACGGGAUCGUUAACUGCCCAAACGUGACGGAAUCCAAAGGGACAGCCCCCAACGACGAGUCGCCUGACCUAUGCGCGCAAGACACGGGUCCAGAGAUAAAUUGGUUCUACGUGGGCGCCGCUAUCGUGUCACUUCUCGUCUUUCUGUGUUGUUGUUGCGUGUGGAUGUGCCGCAGGUGUUGCAGGUACUGCUGCAGGGCGGACUAGAAAUUCUCUCUACCCCGGAAGCCUUAAUCACGAUUAAUGAGGGAUGGGUAAAAAGGAGGAAUCCCGACCCCCAAGCGCCCUUUCGCUGACAUUAGCGUAGGUUUAGUUUUCGCAACGGCAAACGGCAUCGACCCCGCACGAGUACCGACCCUACCCAUUUCUUAUAGUUAUCGGAGCCUUAAAUUAAUUACGAACUCGCCAUGCAUAGUGUUGUGGGGUUGUUUUGGAGACGUCACGUGCAAAUUGUUAACGUGUUCAUAUUGCGAAAGUGUACGGGAUGCGUUUAGGAAUACCCAAUGUCAGACUCCACCCCUGUGACGUUUAAUGUCUAGAAGAAAUUGAAAUUGGGCAUUAUUUUGUUUAUAUUGGAUUAGUCGAACGUGAUUACAAUUCAUAACUUAAAGCCUAUGAUAAACACUUUUUUAUAUAAUUUCAUAUAUUCGCCUACCAUCCAUAACUCUUAAUAGUAAUUUUCUUAAGACGUUGUUCAAUAAUGUUCUUCAAGCGUCAAGUCCCUACUGAACUUUGGCGACUACCAUGUUCACGAUGAUUAUACAUCUUUCUAACUCAUCUGUUUCAAGUCGCUUAGCCAUGAAAGGCUCUUACGCCCAAUCUACUGGUUUUCUUCUAUUUUUCCGUUAAGGAUAAGUCGAAGAAAGCCAUGUCGAUGUCCUCUAAUUUUAUGGCGUAGGUGUUUAAGUUUUGGUCCCUUGAUAAUAUUCACAAGUAGUCUGUCGUGUCCUAUUCUUCAAAGAACUUCUUCAUUUCUGGUUCUAGAGGUCCAAGAGAUUUUAGGCAUUCUCCUGCAUGUCCACAUUUCAAAUGCUUUGAUCUUAUUGAGCAUUUCUUCUUCUUCUAUACAUAAGAAUCGACCAUUGAUGUUUAGUGUAUUGUUUGAAAGCAACGAGCUAAACUUCUCCUUAUUGCAUAUGAAGGAUUUAUAUCUUAAUCAAUCCAGCUGCCGAGAUACUUUGGCACUCUCUCCAACGGUUCUUUGUUUAAAGGUAAUAGGGUCUUUUUUUCUCUACUUUACUCACAAUCAUAUACUUAGUUUUAUUUAUGUGAAUAGAUAACCCUACGUCCUUACAAAUUUCAUUGACUCUCUUACUAAGUUUGCAGGUCUACUAGAUUUUCUGCUGCAAUUGUGGCAUCGUAUUACUAACUAUUUCAACUCCAAUUCCUUUUAGGAAUUCUCGCUCAAUAGCAACUGGCUUCGAUUCACUGCCGUUCACGGCAAUGGUUCCAGUACGGAUACGAAAUCAGUCUAAUGUCUUUAUCACCUAGUUGGAUGUUCUGUAGGGUUGAUAUCAUUUUAUAUAUCAGAUAAUAUCGUUUUUAUAGAAAAAUCGGAAUUAUGUCGUUCACGAUGUUAUAUGCUUCUAUGCAUACUUCAUUUCGAAAUUACAAUAUUUGCAUAGUUUCGAAAAUUACGAGAGAUAUCCGUAAUACGUCUUAACGCCGCGAUUUUUGUAGAAACGUUUUUUGAAAAUUGUCAUUGUUUACGCAAAUUCAUAAUUUUCGGAGUGACGCCUGGCAUCUUGGGACCAUCCUAUACGAUUUCACGUUCGAUAAUAAUUCCGCGAGUCUCUGGUUAUGGUUGUGGCGGGCCAUACGAAAAAAUACUAAACCAAUCGUCAAUUUCGGUACAGUUGUGAUACAUUACAUUCGUAUAUUUAUCGAUUUGUGCGGGAAAACUCCCUUUUCAAUUUCUGUUGGUGCGCCCUCUACAUGCAACGUACAAGAUAAAGGUUCUGCAAAAUGGCCCCAGUUUGCAAAAAAAAAAACCGAAACCCAAGCGAAGGUACAAUUAGUGACGCACAACACAGACAUACACACACAAAAUGUAUAAAAAAAACAACAUAAAAAUUAUAGAUUAUAGGGACGUCUACGUUGACAUUUUUCGAUAUCCGUUUCGGGCGAGCACGCGAGUUUUUUCGUCUGCGGAAAAGCGAAAUGUUCUAAAAACUAAUUGUAAAAUAAUCGCAUAAAAAUUGUCGGCGGUAUAACCCGCUCCGACUGUAAAUUUGGAGUUUUAACGACCCUAAACCACUUCCUCCCCCAUGUAAAUAUUGUGUAAUUUUCACAUGGUCGUGUGAUAUAAUAAAUAAAAUU